CGGGACUUCGGGUGGCGGAGGCAGCACAGAAGAAGCAUUUAUGACCUUCUACAGUGAGGUGAAACAAAUAGAGAAGAGAGAUUCUGUUCUAACAUCCAAAAAUCAAAUUGAAAGAUUGACCCGUCCUGGUUCCUCUUACUUCAAUUUGAACCCAUUUGAGGUUCUUCAGAUAGAUCCUGAAGUCACAGAUGAAGAAAUAAAAAAGAGGUUUCGGCAGUUAUCCAUACUGGUGCAUCCUGACAAGAAUCAAGAUGAUGCUGACAGAGCACAAAAGGCUUUUGAAGCUGUGGACAAAGCUUACAAGUUGCUACUGGAUCAGGAACAAAAGAAGAGGGCCCUGGAUGUAAUUCAGGCAGGAAAAGAAUACGUGGAACACACUGUGAAAGAGCGAAAAAAACAAUUAAAGAAGGAAGGAAAACCUACAAUUGUAGAGGAGGAUGAUCCUGAGUUGUUCAAACAAGCAGUAUAUAAACAGACCAUGAAACUCUUUGCUGAGCUGGAAAUUAAAAGGAAAGAGAGAGAAGCCAAAGAGAUGCAUGAAAGGAAACGACAAAGGGAAGAAGAGAUUGAAGCUCAAGAAAAAGCCAAACGAGAAAGAGAGUGGCAGAAAAACUUUGAGGAAAGUCGAGAUGGUCGUGUGGACAGCUGGAGAAACUUUCAAGCAAAUACAAAGGGAAAGAAAGAGAAGAAAAAUCGGACCUUCCUGAGACCACUGAACGUAAAAAUGGAGCAGCGUGAGUGACCAUCUAGGGUCACAGCCACAGAAUCUUCCCCAGCUGUCUCCCUGCUUUGAAGGACUCAUUCUUUCCUCCCACUUCUACCCCAACAUAGAGUAGUAUUUGCUUUUUAGUCCAUUUUGUUUUCAAUCCAAUUUAAUAUUGAUCAGAGUAAUUCUUUUGUACAUUGAAAUGAGGGGCUUGGUUAAAAAAAGACCUUUCCCUCCGCCCUGCCCUUAGAACAACCAGAUUGGAAGGUACCACCAUGGGUGCUGCCUUCUCUUCCCACAGCCAGUAACUUAAUGUUUUGUACUUCACUGAAUUGUGAUGGUUAGAAACUUCGCAUAUAAUUUGUAGAAAUCAUCCAGUUAAACAAAUUGCUUAAAA